UGAAAGAGAGAAGAAAGAAAAGCAGAAAACCUAGAAUCAGCGGGCAUGAACUGCAAAUUUGCAAUGCUUCCAAGUCGCAUGAGAUGAGGUAGGAAGAGGAAUAACCCAUUUUGCUUGCAGAGGAAGCACCUGAACAUUCGCUCAGACGCAAACCCUUUCUCUUCCUUCCUGCUUAACAACCUCACGGAAUACGAAUACUCCUCAGUUGAAGAACGAACAUGGCUCAUGGUGGCUACAACAAGCGCCGUGUCAAGCCUGCCAAUCGUCGAUCCAAGGGCUUGGGCAUGGCGAAGAAACCCAAGUCCGUUUCUCUCAAAAACCAGAUUCGAUCCAUCGAGCGCAUGCUCAGGAAGAAUUUGCCGCCUGAGGUGAGACAGGCGCAAGAAGAGAAGUUAGAAGGGCUUAAAAAGCAGCAGGAGAUUCAUACACGUCUUGCUGCUGAACGCAAAAUGUUCUUGCGUGAUAGAAAGAUAAAAUUCUUUGAGAGGAGGAAAAUAGAAAGAAGACUCAGACGUCUAGAGAAGCUUCAGCGUACUUCAUCUGCCCAGGACCAAAGUGCAGGGAUAGCUGAACAGCUUUCCAAGCUCAAAGAAGAUCUUAAAUAUGUUAUGUACUUUCCCAAGACUGAAAAAUAUGUUCCUUUAUUUAGUGGUGGUGAUGGUUCAGAAAUAGUUGAUAAUAGAAAUAGGUUCCGGAAACAGAUUGAAGCCAGAUUGAUUGCAGCAGCAGAAAGUGGGAAGGACUUAGAAGCAGAGACGGGAAGUGAGGAUGAUGGCAUCUUGGAUCUGAGUGAAGAUGAUUUUUUUCUUGGUGGAAGUUCUAGUGAUGAAGCAGAAGCUGAUGAUGAAUGGACGGAUAAAAGCACUAGAGAGCAUGCUUCUAGUGCUUCUGGAAAAGCAGUGUCUGGCAUGUCUAGUGAUGAAAAGAACCAGAGACAGAUUUCUGCAAGAGCUUUGAUGCCCCCUCCUCGCACUUCAAACAAGUUGUCAGGUUCACUUUCUGCUCAAACAAGGUUUGGGUCAUCAUCUGGCCAAAAUUCAUUGAUACAGAGGCAUGAGAUUUCCACUUCAAGUAACACCUCAACUAGCAGAAGUAGCUCAGACUUUAAAGCAAGGGGAUCCUCAAAAUCAGGGACAGGUCAUGGUAGUAAUCUAAGCUCCAACUCUGAUGCUCAUAAACCUCGGAGGAAAAGAAGACAUAGGAAGAAGAAGAAGCAGGUGAAUUAGGGAAGGACGGAAAAAUCUUGUGGGAAGUUCUUUAAUGACAAGGUUCUCGGACAUCGACAGGAUUUCACAGCUUUCACAACAAAUGAUAAUAUAAACCUCUGCAAUGUACUGAGAUGUGGUUUUGGUUGUCUUGAUGAUGUUGCAAUUGAAGUGUUUUAAUUUCCAGCAUCUACAAAGGGUUCAGCAUCAGUACACUUGAGCACCUGAUUAACCAAACUGUGCACAUCACUCAAUGAUUAAGAAGUUGCAGAGUGGAUCAUAAAAAUUUGUGGGUUUAUGAUUGCUUUGCUUCCCAAGUUCGUCCGUGCAUGAUGCAUCACACAAGGCUAUCUUUAGUUUUUCUUCAUCAAUUGCUAAAACUCAGCCCAAUUUAGAUACUCGUUAAUCUGUCAUGUAUCAAGCCCUCCACGAAUGAAUGACUAAUGACCUAUUUGGUUGUUAGAAAUGAUGAAAAUGGAAUAGAAUAAUGAAAUAAAGAUAAAAAAAAAUAAUCAAAAUGUGGAGGGGAGAUAGGUCAACAAUGUUCAUGAAAGGAGAGGUUAAUUUAGUUCAUGAGAUUAGGAAUCAUAAUUCAUGAAAUUUGUAAAGGGUGUAGUAAUUUUACAUUUGUAGUAUGUGGUAUUGGGUUUUAUUAUGUUUAUCAUAAUGGAGAGGGUAAUUUAAUUCAUUUU